ACUCGUAGGACAGGUUCCCAUGAAUGGUGGACGUGAAUGAGGAGACAUGAAUGCUGUAGGCAUGAAUGCAGAUGUCCGUCAUUUUAAUGGAUGUCUAUACGGCACUGGAAUGAGCAUGUCAGACAAGGCAGAAGAUUUGGGGAUAUUUACUGUGGUAAUGCAGUACCGCUUUAACAAAAACUGAUCAGGGAGAGCAAGAGAGUGUGGGAGAGUGGAUCAGAUGGGGACCCGAGCCAAACGACGGACGCAGAAGUUGUUUUUGGGAGCUUUUGUGAUUUGCAUCAUGGGUUUCUACUCCUAUACUGCACCGACCCUCCUGGCAACACACAGUGUUUCUCUGGCUCCAUGUGCACCAAACAGCGACACGUGGAACGGUUCCCGGAGAACUCUUCAAGAGCACAGGUCCUGCACACCUAAAGUCAAUCUGAUGUUCAUGAAGACCCACAAAACGGCCAGCAGCACUCUCAUGAACAUCCUCCUGCGCUUCGGAGAAAAGCACCAGCUGAAAUUCGCCCUCCCCGACGGCCGCAACGACUUCUUCUACCCCUCCAGCUUCUUCCGAACUCAAGUAAAGAGCUACCAGCCGGGCAUGUGCUAUAACAUCGUCUGCAAUCACAUGCGUUUCAAUGCACCAGAAGUGGAGAAGCUCCUCCCAGCGGACGCCUUUUUCUUCACCAUCCUACGAGAUCCCGCAGAGCUUUUUGAGUCGUCCUUUCACUACUACAAAGGCUACAUCCCGCAGACAUGGAGAAUCCCAGGAGAAAACCAAUUUAAGGAAUUCCUCCGCAAUCCAAACCAAUACUUCAACCCGACGGGAAUUAACGCUUUCUACCUCAAGAAUCUUCAGUUUUUCGACUUUGGCUUUGAGAAUAAUCUAAAGUCUGAUGAUCCGAGAGUUCGACAGGGCAUCGAGUACAUUGAAAAGCGCUUUCAGCUGGUGUUGAUCUCCGAUUAUUUCGAGGAGUCGCUCAUCCUGCUGAAAGACGCUUUGCGCUGGCAGAUGGACGACUUGAUGUUUUUCAAGCUCAACGCUAGAAGUGUUUCGUCUGUAUCUCCUAUGAGCCCGGAGCUGAGGACUCAAGCUCGCCAAUGGAACGGCGCAGACUGGCAGCUUUACCAGCACUUCAACAACACUUUCUGGGCGCGUGUGGAGGCGUAUGGGAAAAGGCGGAUGGAGGAGCAUGUGAAGGAGCUGCGCAGGAGAAACGCGGAGAUGGAGGCGAUCUGCAUUGAUGGAGGAAGAGCUGUGGAGGCUAAAGACAUCACGGACACACACAUGAAGCCCUGGCAGCCGCUCGGGAAGGCCUCGAUAUUGGGCUACAACCUGAGGACCGACAUUGACCAGCACUACCAGGAGCUCUGCAGGAAAAUGCUGACCCCGGAGAUUCAGUAUUUGACUAAUUUAGGAGUCAGUCUGUGGGUCACGCGACUGUGGGGAUGGUUUAAGGAUAGUGUUGUGCAGUUCGGGUUGAGCUAGGUUUAUAUACAAGAUGUUUAUAUUCGUAAUGAAUGUGGCUUUGAGUGGUCAUUUGUGGUGUUAUAUAUAUAUAUAUAUAUAUACAACUGUUCUGUCUGUUUCUUGAAUCUGAUUGGCUGAUAGACAUGUGAUAUUCUGCCAGUAACAGCACUCGACCAGCCUCUUCACCUUUCACCCUUGUGUAUUACUCCACCCACAUACAGCAACAAGCAGAGGACACUCUACAGUUUGACAAAUAUUGCAGCUGUUGGACAACGUAAUGUAUUUUUGAGGCCUUUUAGUCGAGAAUGUAGUCAUUUAGAUUGCAACUAUGCAGUUUAUUUAUAAGGAUAGUGCCUGUUUCAAAUAUUUAUUUGUAUAGCGCUUUUACAAUGUAGAUUGUGUCAAAGCAGCUUCACAUAAAAGAUCAUAGUGAAUUAAAGCAGUGUCCGUCCAGUUUUCAGAGUUUAAGUUCAGUUCAGUUUAGCUCAGUCCAGUGUGGUUUAAUAUUCACAGCUGAGAGUCCAAACACUGAAGAGCAAAUUUAUCGAUGCGCAGCUCUAUAGAUCCUGAAGCAUGCAAGCCAGUGGCAACAGCGGAAAAAAAUACCAAUUGGCGAAAGUGAAGAUUUAAAAAAAAUCUCGAGAAACCAGGCUCAAUUGUGCACGACCAUUUCUCCACUGGCCAAACGUCUUGUCCAGAGCUGCAGUCUGGGUGCUGGAGGCUGGAGAACGCUGGACGUCACCGAGACUCGUCUGUCCCUGGAGCGUCACAGGAAUCAGUCUCAUGCUUUCCACUCCUCCAUGACCACCACAGUAGCUGCUCAGGAUACGGCCUGGUCCAGGAUUAUGGAAACCUUGGGAUCGUCUCGUCGCUGGUCUUGGAUCGCAUCAGUGGCGCUGCAUAGUCUCUGAGGGCCUCGGGAUGAGUAUCCCCAGGUGGAAAUAGAGAAUAAAGAGAAUAAUUAGCGUAGCUGCUAGUGUAUAUAAACGAGAUGCAGAAACCUGCGUGGAGCACAUUCAUGUAUCACACUAAGUGAUGCACUGAGUGUAUGCUUUACUAAAAAGAAAGGUCUUUAAUCUAGUUUUGAACUGAGAGAGUGUGUCUGAGCUUCGGACAUUAUCAGGAAGGCUAUUCCAGAGUUUAGGAGCCAUACAUGUGAAGGCUCGACCUCCUUUACUUGACUUUGCUAUUCUAGGUACUACCAGAAGCCCUGAGUUUUGAGAUCUUAAAGAGUGGGUUGGAUUGUAGCGAGACAGAAGGUUGGUUAGAUAAACAGGAGCUAGAUUAUAAACAGCCGCUAGAUUAUAAACUGGAGCUAAACUUCUGAGAGACCGCACGUCAGCGGCCAUUAUACUGUCAUUGAGCUAAGACUGAUGACGUUGUUCAUCCACAAGGUGGCAACAGAGACAGUAUAAUAAGACUAAUUUCUGUCAUAAAGUGUAUUAAUUUAAUAAACCAAUGCAAAUUAAUACAUGUCUUUACCUGAGAAAUGUGACUUGGUUUGGUUUGUUUAUUGUUUCAGCUGAUCAUUGAUUGUUUUAUCUAAAUAUGCAUAGUAGUAACUUCAGCUGUCCUUCAAUUAAUUUGAACCUCAUGCUCUUUGCUGUGCUCUCAUUGGACAGAAUCACAUCCUUCUUCACUAAAUGGGUGGGGCUAAAGUGUCAUAUAAUUUUCCUAAUAUGGCAUGUGCGAUAGGGUUAAAUUAGGGUAAACUGUUGUUGAAGAGGGCGACAUGGUGGCUCAAUGUCACCUCACAGCAAGAAGGUUGCUGGUUCGAGUCCCAGCUGGUUCAGUUGGCAUUUCUGUUUGCAUGUUCUCCCCGUGUUGGUGUGGGUUUCCUCCGGGUGCUCCGGUUUCCCCCACAGUCCAAACACAUGCGCAAUAGGUGAAUCGAAUCGACUAAAUUUGCUGUAGUGCAUGUGUGUGUGAAUGAGUGUGUAUGGGUGUUUCC